CGAGCUGGGCUACAAUCAACUCUCAGGCCCGCUGCCUUCCACCCUCGGCCUGCUGCCCUCUCUGCAAGCACUGUACGUGCUGCCACACACCUGCCACUGCAAGCACUUUACGAAUGAAAGGAAAUGUAAUCUGCACAUCCCUCCGCCUCUCUCCCUCUGUCCCUUUCCCCUUCUCAUCACCUCCACCUUCUCAUCACCUCCACCUUCUCAUCACCUCCACCUUCUCAUCACCUCCACCUUCCUAUCACCUCCACAGGACCUCGACUUACCCAUAUGGUUGACACCCGCCUCUUUCUCGCACCUUUCCUCCCCCUCUUCUCCCCUUUCAACCUUAUCCAUUUGCCCACCCCUCCUUCCCACCUAUCAUCCCACCCACCCACCAUCCUUCCCUUCGCUCUCUCCAGCCGCAUCCCAUCCAGCAACAUCACAGGUUCCCCACCGGCCUCUCUCCCGCACCUCUUCUAGCCUCUUCCCCCAAUUCAACCUUCUCCCACUCCCCCAUCCCUCUCCUUCCACCCCCUCAUCCCUUCCUUCCCCUCCUCAUUCCUUACAGCCGCAUCUCCUUCAGCAACAUCACGGGGUCCCUGCCCGCCUCUCUCCUGCGCGCCUUUUCUUGCCUCUCUUCCCCAUUCAACUCCCACUCCCCAUCCCUCUCUCCUCACCUCCUUAUCUCUGCCCCCUCCUCCCUUCCCUCCUCCCCAUCCCUUACAGCCGCAUCCCAUUCAGCAACAUCACGGGGUCCCUGCCGGCCUCGCUCUCGCGCCUCUCAGCGCUGAGCUCACUGCGCCUCACACAGAACCUUCUCGCUGGCCCCCUCCCCGCCAACCUCUCAGCACUCACCGCACUAACUGAGCUGCAGCUGGAGGAGCUUCCCUCCCUACCCCCUCCUUGGUCCCCCUCUCCUUUCCCCCUGCCCACCCUUGCCUCCCCUGCCUUGUGGCACGCUCCUAGCCUCAUGGGGCAAACUCCUGUCGCCCCAGCACCUGGUGCUUCCUCCGCCCCUUUGACCUCCAUCUCCGACCCGCCCCCUUCCCCACGCUACACCCUCCCUGCCCCUCACCCCCCUCUCCCCCACCAGCGAGGUGUCGGCAAAUGCUCUCAGCUCAGCGGCACGCUGCCAGCCUCAUGGAGCAAACCCGCCAAGGUGUCGGUGAAUUCUCUCAGCGGCUCGCUGCCAGCCUCGUGGAGCAAGCUCUCGGCGCUCAGGCAGCUGGCGGCUUCCAGCAACAACAUCACAGGGCCCUUCCCCGCCUUCCUGCUCUCGCUACCGAGUAUUGAGGAGAUGCAGCUGGCAGCCACCAGCAACAACAUCACAGUGCCCUUCCCCUCCUUCCUGCUCUCACUGCCCAACAUAGAGGAGAUGUAG